AUGUCCUCAAACCCACCCACCAACACCACCAAACCUUUCACCACCACCACCGAACUCCACGACUUGGGCGCCACACGCUUCGACCGCGACACCGCCGCGCCCUCAGACCGCGAUACCGCGCUCCUCCACCGCCACGCCGUAGUCCCCGUCAUCACUCCGCAAGGCCGUGCACCACCCGGGCUAGAAGCUAAAGUGCACGAAUGGACGACGUUCCAGUUUACAACAGAGGAUUUGGAUCGCGUGGAGGAGUUGAAGGGAGAUCUGCAUGGGGGGAUGUUGCAUCGUGUCAAUAGGGCUGCGAGGGGAGAAGUUACUGGAGGUGCUAUGAUAGGGAAUCGAGGGAGAGGAAGUAACAAAGAAACGGCUCAGGAGACUAAGCUUUGUGGGGGGAGGGAGGGGGAGGGGGACGUGGCACCGGUGGCUAAGGGCAUGGCGGAAGAGAUGGGAAAAGAUAUGUUUUGGAGCGGGCCAAUUGUUUGA